AUGGAAGAUCAGAAUGACAUGUCUGAGAAAGAAAAUGAGAACGAGCUUGCAUCUGGAGAUGAACUAGAUUCCCAACGUGGUAAAUCAUCAAAAAGGAUGAAACAUAGUGACAAACAAAUUCAAGAGCUUGAAGUUGCUUUCAAAGAGGAUCGAUAUCCUGAUGCAACAACAAGACUAGAACUCGCAACAAAAUUGUCCAUGGGUAGCAAACAAGUGAAUUAUUGGUUCCAAAAUAAAAGAUCCCGAAUGAAGUCGCAAUCGGAACAACAUGAAAGCAAAUUAUUGAAACAAGAAUACGACAAACUUCACACAGAGUAUAUUUCAAUGAAGGAGAUGAUGAAAAAUCCAGCUUGUGGUCAAUGUCAUGCUAAAACUAUUAGUAUGAACAUAAAUGUCGAUGAACAUCAAUUAAAGAACGAGCAAGUCCAACUCAAAGAUGAAGUUAAUAGGCUCACCAACGAGGUGGAGAAACUUUACGAUCCAACAACGUCAUUAGAAGGAACAUUUGAUAAGUCAAUAUUAUUGAAUCUUGCUUUGGAUGCCUUGGAUGAGUUGCUAAAGCUCGCCCAGAAUGGGGAACCUCUUUGGUUUAGAAACUUGGAUGGAGAUGGGGAAACAUUAAACCUUAAGGAAUAUGAUAGUGCUUUUACCCCAAUUAUCAGUAUGAAACCCGAACAUUUCAUAACUGAAGCCACAAGAGCAACAUGUAAAAUGGUUCACAAUAGCCAGACAUUGGUGGAAACGUUGAUGAAUAAGGAUCAAUGGAUGGAUAUGUUCCCAUGUAUUGUCGGUAAAACAAAUACUAUUGAGGUGAUUUCUCGAGGCAUAAGUGGAAACAAGAGUGGUGCUCUACUAUUGAUUGUAUCUGAAUUACAAAUUAUUUCUGAUAUGAUUCCUGCUCGUGAAAUAAAAUGUCUUCGCUUCUGUCAAAAACAUGCUGAAGGUUUAUGGGUUGUUGUGGAUGUGUCUAUUGACACCAUCCAAAAAGGUUCACAACAAUGUGAUUUUCAAAACUGUCGAAGACUCCCUUCUGGUUGUAUUAUUCAAGAUAUGGUUGAUGGUUACUCUAAGGUUAUUUGGAUCGAGCAUAUGCAAUAUAAUGAAAAUCAUGUUCACCAUUUGUAUCGCCCUUUGGUCAAGACAGGUCUAGUAUUUGGUGCACAAAGGUGUAUAGCCAGUUUGCAAAGGCAAUCUGAAUUCCUGAGAGUGAUGAAAUCAUUUGUUGAUCCCACAAUUGCUUCAAAGGAUCAUAUAGGUAUACGGAUGUUGGCUCAAAGCAUGACUCGCAAAUUUUGUGCAGCAGUUUGUGCAACUACUCACAAGUGGGAAAUAGUUCAAUUAGAAAAUGGAGUAGAUGCAAAAUUGAUGAUGAGGACGAGCAUUGGUGAUCAUACUGAACCUAUCGGCAUAGUGUUAUGUGCCAUAAAGACAAUAAGGUUACCAGUGAAACAACAACAUUUGUUCGAAUUCUUUAUUAAUAACAAUAUGAGGAGUCAAUGGGAUGUUUUGUCCUGUAAUGGUCCAAUUCAAGAGUUGGUACGCGUUUCCAAGGAUCAAAAUCUUGAAAGUAGCAUCUAUCUUUUACGUGCUGAUGGGGAUAGCACCAGUGCUAAGCAAAACAACAUGCUGAUUUUCCAAGAUACAUGCACAGAUACAACUGGUUCUCUUUUAGUGUAUGCAACUGUUGGUUCUCAAGAUAUCAAUAUGGUGAUGAAAGAGGGGGACUCUUCAUUUGUUGGUCUCUUGCCCAAUGGUAUAUCAAUAGUUCAAGAUUAUUCUGCAAACGGUAAUGGAGUCUAUGGUGGGUCACUGGUGACUAUAGGGUUUCAAAUGUUGUUGGAAAACCUUGCUACUACAAGUCUUCCUGAACAGUCGAUCAAAGAAGCAAACGACCUCAUAUGUCAUACAAUUCGUAAGAUCAAAAUGGCUCUCAAAUGCAAGUGA